UGUAUAUAAAGGAAAAGUUCAUGGUACUGGGGAUCCUCCUGGCAGCUGAAGCAGGCGGCAGUUGACUUUCAAAAGUGUCAAUAAAAUUUAUGUUAAAAGGCAGCAGUUGACGAGACUUUGAUACCACAGCAGUAGCUACGAGGAGAGCAACUCCGUGAUACGCCAUCAACAGCAAACAGCAAACAGCUCGAAAUGCUGCUCAAAAUCUGCCUCUUGGCCAUUUUGGUCACUCAUUCAUCAGCAAAUAUCAGCGAUCCCCUGGCCCCCGCCGCCAACGAGGGACAAACGAACUUAGUAGAAGAAAAUCCAGCACCGGUAGCUCCUUUCGAGACCUCGCACAAGCACCCGGAGGCUGAGGCCAGGGAGGACGGAUUUCACACUUCCCACCGGAUUAGUAUACGGGCCACCGACUCUGCCGACUACUCCAUGAACCUGCUGCCCACCAAGGAGCGCCCGGAACUGAACCCCGUACUGAGCGCCCUUAUUAACGAGGACGUGAUGAAAAGCAUCGAGGCCAAGAGGGCCAUCGAGGAGGAGGAGCUGGCCGAGGUGAGGCGUGAGAUCGAAGAGGCAGCUCAGGCGGAGUUGGCCAAGAGGCCCAGCGCGUCCACAGAGGCACCUGCUCCACAACUGACCACUCUGCCCACGGCGGCUAAGAAGAUCGACAGCCUAGACGAGGACGUUGUGAUGGAUCCGCACGAAGAGUUCGUCAACCAGAACUUCGCCCUCGAGAGUGCGGGAAGCGAGAAUAGCAAGAAGUCCAGGAUCGAGAUCAAGAAGGGUCCAAAUGGCCAGGACUAUGAGUACGAGUAUGUCUAUUACUAUGAGGAGGACGACGAGCCCACCUCAUCGAAGGCCGAGGCCCCCUUGGAAACGCCUGAGAUGCGGGGCAAGACCAGGUACACCAACAUUGAGAGGAGCACCCCAACCACGCCUAGCGAGAACAGCCUGCAAAGCGGCAAGGCCAAGGGCCGAUCCUCGGAAACCACCGAGGACAUCGAGGCGGAACGCCUGCCCAUGAUCACCCGCUUCCCGAGUCGCGGCAAGAACAUCGAGGUGCCGCCAACACCAGCCCUGGACUCUCUUGAAACGGCCGCUGAGCGCAAGAAAAUCAGUGUGAAGCGCCCGAGCCUGGAGCUGGUGGAUAGCGAGACCUUCAACACAGACGAGAAGCAGACCAAGGCAUCCCGCAAGGGUGGAGAGACCGACCUGAAGCCGGUGAUUACCAUCGAGCAGGAGCAGGCAGCCGCCGCCGCAGAGGCAGCCCGAAAGCAGGAGAAGGAGCUGGAGCCGGAGGUGGAGGUAGAGAAGAACAAGCAGGAGAUGACGUCCCCCGACCAGGAGGAGGCCGAGCAGACCACGCCCUCCAUGGAGAAGGCCGCCCUUGAUCUGUACGCCAUUCUGACCAAUGAGAAUCUGAACAAUGAGCAGACCACCGCCAUCGCGGACACCGCAGGAUCCGACGAUAGAUUCACCACCCUCGUUCCGGAUACUGCCAGCACCGACGAGGACGACGGCCUGACCACGCUGACCGACCAGAUCUUCUCGACCAGCAGUAGCACUUCCACCACUACCACUACCACCACCACGACCACGACCAGCACGGAGGCGCCCACAACCACAACGACUACUACAACGGCGGCCCCGUCGCUCUACGGUGGCCGCAGGUCGGGACUGAGUGGAUUGGCCGGUCGGAACCGCUUCAAGCUGCGGGAGGGCGGCGUCAGCACCACGACCAGCACCACCGAGGCACCGGCUUCCACCGAAACCACCAAGACCGGCAGGAACCGCUUCUCCCGCCCGUCAAUCGGAGGACGAUCCCGUCCUGGUGCCCGGACCACCGCCAGUCCAGAGGCCGCACCCCCUGCUGCCCCCGGCGAGGAGGAAGUGGUAGCCGCCAAGGAGGUAAAGCCCAUCAGCUCGGGCUUCGCGCGUGGCAGACCCCGCAAUCGCUUUAACCUGCGCGGAUCCACCACAACGAGCACCACUGAGCGACCGAGCGAAGAAGGAGGCGCCGCAGCCGAGGGAGACUCCGCCGCCGAGGCCGUUGUCUCCUCUACCACCGCCCGCAGCACGCUGCGCGGUCGUCCUGGUCUGGGACUGCGCGGACGCAGUCGCACCACCACAACCAAGGCCCCAGCCGCCGAUGGAGACUCUGGCUCCGAGGGCGGAAACAGCUCAUCGGAGGGCAAGGCCGCUGCCCCAGCUCCCGUCCCCGCGGAGCCGGUGCGUCCGUCCCGCUUUAACCUUCAUCGCGCCGGCAGCAACCGGCUGCUACCACGCGGGAAGCUAGGUCGCGGAGCCACAGUCACCACCGAGGCACCAAUAGAGACGGCAGCAGCGGCCGAGGACUCCGCCGCGGAUAGCAGCAGUCACCACAACGACGUCAAGGAGGAGGAGGGCGGCGAGAAGGAAGCGGCCAGCGAGGGCGGUGACGCCCACGCUCCAGCGGGCCCCGUCACCGGGCUAAAUCGCCUCAAGUCCAGGCCACGCCUCAACGCCCUUCAUAAGACUGAUGCGGCCAAGUCGAAGGCAGCCGCAGCUCCCGUUCCCGCACCCGCGCCCCGUAAAAUCAAUCCGUUGCUGGCCAAGCGACGACUCCACCUAGCCGGAGCAACCUCCACCACAGAAGCGCCCGCUGAGGAGGCGCACUCGUCAUCUGACGCCUCUAUGGAGCAGCCCGGCAAGGAGGAUGCGCCUGGUGCAAGCGAUGAGUCCGGCGCAGAUGGAGUCGCCAAGUCGGAGCAGGAGAGCGUAACGGAGGCAGCCGAAAGCACUACCAAGCAGCAGGCUCGAGGACUGGGACUCCUAGGCCAGCGGCGCCGUCUGCCGCUGCGCAAGCCUGGCACGAUCCUGUAAGACGGGAUGUCAGUCAACGGAGACCAGACGGACGGACGGACAAGGGGCAGCAAAUAGGCGGACAGCUCAUUCGUGAGCUCCCGGAGCCCCCGCACUCGUCUAACUGAAUGAAUCCUGAAUAGAAUACUCGACGAUUUGCUGCUGCUGAGCGAAAUAACUCUUACAAAAUUGUUUGAUAUAUGUACGUCCUUUAUGAUUCCUCCUCGGAGUCCCUACCCGAACCCGAAUCCGUUGCCCCUUUAGCUUUGUACACAUUACACUAACUAAACAACUGAUAACGCGGAUUAAAUGAGAUACCAUGUAAGUAAGAUCCCUUGCGCCACGAGAAAGUCAAUAUUACGGAAAGCGGAAACGGAAACGGCCACUCGUAGACCACUAAGCCCCUGAAUUGUAACUGGGAUGCAAA